UCAUGUUUUUGUUAUAUUCCGUGUGGUGAUAAUCGUGAAGUUUUUUUUUACAUAUUUACAAUGAAUUUCCUUUAAUUUCUUAUAAGACUAAUCAAUUUACGCGAGUUUCUUAGAAUAUUUUCGAAUAAUGUUAAUACUGGUGUGGUAAUCACUUAUAAAACUGUCGACCGAUUCUCUAGCCGGCAACGAAAUGCUUACAAAUGGGUUAUUGUUUUAUGCGCUGUGGAUUUUAGCUGCGUUGACAAUAAGACAUGUGGAAAGUGCGCAAAUACCGAAUGACUCGAUAAAGUCGCCAAAGGACAGGUAUAUUUUAUCGACGAGCGGUUGCGGACCCCUGGAGAAACAAUGCUCGCAUCUUGAUGAUGACCUCGCCCUUCUUUCGUGCGCCCUCAAUGCCUGUCACAACAACAAGACUCAAGUACCGGUCAGCUGCCAACACAGAAUAUGGACUCACCAAGCUGAACUCAUUGACAAUAGUUUCCUGGAUUAUAAACUGAAGGACCCCUGCCAAGAUGAACUAGCCAUACUAGAAUGCUUAAGCCCUACAGAGUUUGGUAUCGACUGCAUAUUGAAACGUAAAUCUAGUGUGAGAGACAAAAGUUGUUGGAGAACUAUCAAUAAAAUUGAGUCUUUAAUUCUUAAUGAUUGGCAAAUAACUAAUAACUUUUUGAGGAACUGCUUGGAUGAUAUUCAGGGUCACACCUGCGGCAGGAUACCACAAGAUGUGAGAAGUCUGUCACAAACUCAGACAUUGAAAUGUCUUCUGACCAAAGAACCAUUAUUGAAGCCAGAAUGCCAGUCUGAAAUGACUGCACUCAAUGAAAUGAAAUAUGCUACACUGCAACUGGAUAAAAUAAUAUUUGCAGCUUGUAAUUUGGAUCAAAAAAACUUCUGUCCAGAUGAAGUUCCAGGAUCAUGGCUAAUGUACAAAUGUCUUGUAAAACAUAAAUUUGAGAGUGCUAUGACUAGAAGAUGCCAAGACCAAUUGUUUUAUGAUCAAAGAAGUAUGGUGAUGAAUUAUAAAAAUAGUAAAGGUUUAGUCAAAUCUUGUAAAGAAGACAUUAGAAAAUAUCACUGCAGAAAAGGAGUUGUGGAUGAUAAGGAUGUGAGACUUGCACAAAUCUUGCUCUGUUUAGAGAAUGUCUCAAGAAAUGAAACUACUAAGUUGUCACCAGAGUGCAUGUCUGAAAUGACUGACCAUAGGAAAAUGCUCAUGGAUGAUUACAGGUUGUCUCCAGAGUUAAUGCAAAAUUGUGCCAAUGAUAUAAAAACACUUUGCAGAGGUAUUGAAGCUGGUGGAAAAACAAUUCAUUGCCUAAUGGCUCAUGCAAGGCCAAGAAAAAGGAAAGAAAAGCGGAUAAGUGUGGUAUGUCAGAAGUCUCUGGAAACUCUUGUGCAAGAGGCUGAUCCAGGUGAAGACUGGAGAGUUGACCCUGUACUGAGAAAGGCCUGUAAGCCUGUUGUAGACCAAGCAUGUAGGGAAAUCAAUGGUGGUAAUGGCAGGGUAAUGUCCUGUCUCAUGGAAAAACUUGGAACCAAAUUCAUGACUAAUGAUUGUGAAACAGCUUUAUUGCAAAUUCAGUACUUUAUAUCUAGAGACUUCAAGCUCGAUCCUCAGUUAUACAAAGCAUGCAAAUUUGAUGCAGUCACUCAGUGCAAGGCAAAACUUCAAUGGGCCGACCCUAAUGAACACCAGUCUGAAAAGGAUCCUUUAGUUUUACCAUGCCUAUACAACUAUGCAUAUAACUCAGACUUGAGAGGUAAAUUGAAACCUGCCUGUGAGCAACAAGUGAGAAGAGUAAUGAGGCAGAGAGCAGUCAGUGUAGAUUUACUGCCAGAGAUUGAAGACUUUUGCAUAGAUGACUUAGCUAAUUUGUGUUUCGAAAAUACUGGCAAAGGGGAAGAGAUUUUGUGUCUACAGAACAAAAUAAAAGAUUUAUCACCCAAAUGUAAAGAAGUUGUGACAAACUUUACAGAAACACAGAGUGGUCACAUUGAACUCAAUGCUGUUGUAAAUAUAAAUUGUAGAGUUUCUAUAGAGAGGUUGUGCUCUUCUGAGCUGAAGAGCAAGAAAGACGAAGAUGAUGUCAUGGAGUGCCUGAUCUCCCACAAGAAUGACCCAGAGAUAAAGGCAAACCCCAAAUGUCGCGCAGCUAUAGAACAUGAACAAUUGAUCUCAUUAAAAAAUUAUAGGUUUACAAGGAAAUUCAAAAAUGCCUGCAAGUCCUAUGUUGUAAGGUAUUGUCCGAAGGCACAAAAUAAGAGUCAAGUGGUUGCAUGUUUAAGUGAGAUAGUAAGAAAUGACACAAUCACAAGGAAGAAGCAUACAAUAUUCAAAGAUUGUAGACAGCAGCUGAGAAGUCAACUCUUUCAACAAAAGGAAAAUAUAGAUUUGGACCCAGAGCUAAAAGAAGCAUGUCAGAAAGAUUUGCUGAUCUACUGUGAUAAGGUUCCCAAUGCAGAAGCUGCAGCACUGGAAUGUCUCCAAACAGCUUCUGGCAAAUUGUCUGAUGGAUGCAGAAGAGCAAUUUUUGUGGUAAAAAAACAAGAGUUCAUAGAUAAUGCUGUUGACUACCACUUAAUAACAAGUUGCAAUGACAUGAUAGACAUGUACUGUCAUAAUACUGAAGCAUCCAAGAUACUUGACUGUCUAAAGGCCCAUCGUCAGAAACCAGACUUUAAUGAGAACUGCAAGAUUGUUAUAGUGAACAGAAUGAUUGAACAAAAUGCUGAUUAUCGUUUCAAUAAUAAUUUGCAAAGUGCUUGCAAAACAGAUAUAAAGAAAUUCUGUACUGAAGUAAUUGCAAAUGAACCACAAGACAUCGAACUUCAAGGCAAAGUCUUAUAUUGUCUCAAAGAUAAGUUUAGAGAAUCGAAACUGACAAAAUCAUGCGAGAAUGAGUUAGCAAAUGUUUUAAAGGAGCAGGCCCUGAACUAUCGCCUUGAUCCACUUCUAGGGAAAUUGUGCAAAGCAGAAAUACAAACCAUAUGUGCUGUACCUAAUGACUCCAUAACUAACUCUGAUGGACAGGUUGAAGAGUGCCUGAAGAAUGCACUUUUGAAUCAUAAAAUCGUAUCGGCUGAGUGUGCACGAGAGGUGGUCCAAAUAAUAGAAGAAGCAGAAGUUGAUAUAGAGGCUGACCCACUUCUUGAGCGUGCAUGUGCACAGGAUUUGCUCACAUACUGCUUAGAUCUGGAACAUGGUGCUGGCAGACGCCUCAAAUGUCUGAAAAUAAUUUUAAAUGAUAGUAAUAGAAAACUGGAACCUGAAUGUGAGAAGGAACUGUCAAAAAGAUUAGAAAUGUAUAGAUAUGUAGCUGCUGUAAGUAAAUGUGAUAGAAAACCUAGGUGAUGUGUAUAAGGAGAUAUCAAUUUCACCAGCAAAAAAAUACUUCCUAGUUGUAGGCAUGUCUAUUGUAGGUUUAAUUUUUAUAUUUGGUUUAUAUUGUGGCCGCUUGACUAAGAGAGCUAUGUAUGUUAAGAGAAAAUAGAACAAAUUUAUCUUUAUAUCAAAUCAAUAAAUAAGUCAAUAGAUAUUUUAGUUUA